UUUAAAAUAAAGUUGCUUGUUUGGCACUUCUGGGCAAUCCGUGUUUGAAGAACUACAGCCAUGAGUGGCUUUGGAGCCCUACUUCGAAGAAACCAGUUCAUCCUUCUGAUGCUUUUUCUUUUGCAAAUUCAGGGUCUGGGUCUGGACAUGGAGAGUCGACCUACCACUGAAGCCUGUGCCACACACACUAUUGCACCAGGACCCAAAGGAGAUGAUGGUGAAAAGGGAGAUCCAGGAGAGGAAGGGAAACAUGGCAAAGUGGGACGCAUGGGGCCGAAAGGAAUUAAGGGGGAGCUGGGCGAUGCAGGAGACCAGGGCAACAUUGGCAAGACUGGGCCCAUCGGCAAGAAGGGUGACAAAGGGGAAAAAGGUUUGCCGGGGAUCCCAGGAGGAAAAGGCAAAGCAGGCACUGUCUGUGAUUGUGGAAGAUACCGGAAAGUUGUUGGACAACUGGAUAUUAGUGUUGCUCGCCUCAAAACAUCUAUGAAGUUUGUCAAGAAUGUCAUUGCAGGGAUUAGAGAAACUGAGGAGAAAUUCUACUACAUCGUGCAGGAGGAGAAGAACUAUAGGGAAUCCCUGACCCACUGCCGGAUCCGGGGUGGGAUGCUCGCCAUGCCAAAGGAUGAAGCUGCCAACACCCUCAUUGCUGACUAUGUCGCCAAGAGUGGCUUCUUCCGGGUAUUCAUCGGGGUAAAUGACCUUGAGAAGGAGGGGCAGUAUGUGUUCACGGACAACACUCCACUGCAGAACUACAGCAACUGGAGAGAGGGGGAGCCCAGUGACCCCUAUGGUCAUGAGGACUGUGUGGAAAUGCUGAGCUCAGGCAGAUGGAAUGACACAGAGUGCCAUUAUACCAUGUACUUUGUCUGUGAGUUUGUCAAGAAGAAAAAGUAACUUCCCUCGUGCUACACAUUUGUUUUUUCUCUGUGACUACCAUGGCAGUUAUCUUUAUCCACCCUUUUCUUUCUAAUUAUGCCAAAUUCAUUCUGACUCAACAUAAGUAGAAAAUGUUGAACUGAGGUUUGGAAUCUCCAUUGCCAUGGUCUUCUCUGAUGAUUUUGAGCAUUUUCAUACACAGUAUAUUAUGGAGCCAAUAGCUCACGGAGUUACAUGGAUCCUGAGAGAGCUUGAAUUACUAGCUGUGCAAGAUGUGGUUGUCCAUGUGUCAAAUGAAAUGUUCUCUUGGCAUUUGCUCUGCUACCUCUCCCAAGAUUCCUAAUCCACUGUCUAUUUAACACAGUGGAUAAUUGGACAGUUGGUUGGUGAUGACUAGGCUAACUUGCCCUUGCUCAAAGCCAGACAUAUGGGAAAGCCUUCUGUUAGUAAUGUAGAGAUGUUAUGUGUCUUUGAAGCCAAGAUCCCCUUUUCUUUUAUUGGUCACCCACCAUGUCUAUUGCCACACUUGCAAGGUCCUCUUGUUUGCUCGGAAAUAAGAAUACUUUCAACCCCAAGCCUCUGUGUGAGAAACUACUAGCCUGUGACCUUUUUCCAGACGAUAUGGAAUCACACGGAACUUCUGUGCUUCUGACUGAUAGCCUUCAUUGAGGUCUACCAGGAGGUUGCUUUGGCCUCUUUCCAUAGGCCCAAAACUUAAUCCUAGGGCUAUAGGCUCUAGCUCUGAUUUGAGGAAAGGGGAGCUUUAGAAAUUGAAAAGAAAAAAGAAAGGGAGAAUUUUUUCCCAAACAAUAUUACUUAUAAUCUUGUUAAAUUGCCUCUUGCUACUAAUAUGGCUUCAUUUUUCUGUGUCUUGGGUGUAUCCAUAUCAACUUUCCUCCCCUCAGACAUGGGAAACAAAGGAAGAAGAUUGUGAAGCCUUUAGAAAACUCUAGAAGCUUCAAGCUGCUACCAAUGUCAAGUUGCUAAGUCCUCUACUCCUUGCCUCUAAUAUAUCACUUAUGGUGACAUUUCACUGGAGACCUUUUACUUGCCAUAACUAUAUGUUAUAAAAACCCCAUACCAGGGAGGCUCUUUGUAGUGCUCUGAUAUCACAGGAAUGCGGCAGGUGUGGAGUUUGGAACAUGCCUCAGACUCACGUUUAUUGAGCUGGUAAAAUUCUACUUUGAACUGCAGAUCAAAACUCAAAGCAGCUUUCAUUUCAAAUUUGAAAAUAAUAUAGUCAACAAAACUCUAGAUUUUUCCCCUUCUAAACUGCUGCACCAGCUAUAGUUUGUGACAUAUGAUCAGACUCUUCAAAAUGCUGGCAAAAUGGUUAAUGAAGUAAGAGAAACAGAUCAACAACAUAUGUUCACCUUCAACCAUCUGUCCAUGAUUUCACCCAUGACUAACUGGUUAUGAGAUAAGAUUUAAUUAGGUUAUUUCCGUGAGUUUAUUGAGAGUCACAAACUCAGGUCCUACAGGGGCCAUACAAGAUGACAUAAAUAAAUCCAGUGGAAAGGGGGGGGGGAUCUUAGUACUGAACACAGCUUAUUCUUCUAAAGAAACCAGCUGCUCUCAGUCACUGCUAUUUUUUUUAUGGAGAUCCAGUAUCACUACAUGCUCUGAUAUUUCAAGAGAAGUCAUAAAGCUGGAACUUCAUAAUUUAUAUCCAUAUUUGAAAAUAUUGGCAAUUAGUCCAUUUUUAGUCCAAUUUUAAGUCAUACAAAACAAUCCCCUAGCCAAAAAGCUGAACUUUUUAUUUCUCACCUCUGCGGAAAAGUUCUGAACGUUCUAACCAUGUCGAAUGUCAUUAGGAUACAAUGAUAUCAAAGUCAAAGUCUCCCAUUUAAACUUCAAUCAGUUCAGCUCAAUUACAGGAAUUUGUCCAGUGUUUGCCAUUCGUCAAGUUAAUGAACUAGUUACUUAUUCAGACUUCUGAGAGUGUGGCAUAUGAUAUUUGGAAGGCAAGGCAGUUUAAUAAAAAGUACAAAACAGGACACUAUAUCAAGGCCAGUAACCUUGAGUGGAGCAUAAGGAAAAGAACCUAGAGACAGUUGGGGGAAAAGAAAGAGCUAAGAAGAAAGGGGAGAGAGAAUGGACAGUAAGCAUUGCUUAGAGGCCACUGGCAGUGAGCUCCAUAUUCUGAUUUGCUCUAACUGGCAAAAAUAAGAAUAUUUAUUGUAUGUACUAUAAGUACUAUUAUUAUCAUUAUUACUAUUAAAACAUUUCUUUCAAUGACUCAUUUUUGCUACCAAUGCUUUCAAGAAAAGAUGACAGAAUGUCUAAGGUACCACACAUUUAGAUUUACUAUAAAACUUGCUUCAAUUUUAUGAAGCCCUAUGUGCUUUACAUAUAACAAAAUAAAUACUCUCACACACCAUUUCUCAUUUGAUCCUGAUACACUUUGUGCAGUAGAAAGGGAAGACACUUUGCUGCCAUUUUCCCAACGAGAAUACUGAGGCCCAAGGAAGCUAACCAAUGGACCAAAGUAAACUCAUUUGGGAGAACAAGACCAACCUGCUGAUCAGAACUGUCAAUCUAGGGGCGUCUGGGUGGCUUAGUCUGUUAAGCGUCCGACUUUCGCUUAGGUCAUGAUCUUGCAGUUCG